AUGAUCAGAAUUGUCAGUUCAGUCUUUGUUUAUGUCUGUGUUCAGGAAGCUCUACAAAGGAUCAUUUCAACUCUGGCAAAUAAAAAUGAUGAAAUUCAAAACUUUAUUGAUACACUAAAUCACACACUAAAAGGAGUUCAGGAAAAUUCUUCUAACAUACUUUCAGAGUUAGAUGAAGAAUUUGAUAGUUUGUAUUCUAUAUUGGAUGAAGUAAAAGAAAGUAUGAUUAACAGUAUCAAGCAGGAACAAGCUCGUAAAUCACAUGAGUUACAGAAUCAGCUAAUUCAGUGUAAUAAUGCCCUGGAGAACUCAGAAGAACUACUAGAAUAUGCAACAAGGUCAUUAGAUAUAAAAGAACCAGAAGCAUUUUCAAAGGCUGCCAGACAGAUCAAGGAUAGAGUCACAAUGGCUUCAGCCUUUCGCCUUUCUUUGAAACCAAGGGUCAGUGACAACAUGACUCAUUUAAUGGUGGAUUUCUCUCAGGAAAGACAGAUGCUGCAAACUUUGAAGUUUUUGCCAGUCCCCAAAUCUCCAGAGAUAGAUCCAGUAGAUUGUUUGGUGGCUGACAAUGCUGUAACAGUUGUUUGGAGAAUGCCAGAAGAAGAUAAUAAAAUUGAUCAUUUCAUACUAGAGUAUCGGAAAACUAAUUUUGAUGGACUUCCACGUGUAAAGGAUGAACAAUGUUGGGAGUUAGUUGAUCAUAUUAAAGGCACUGAAUAUACAUUAUCAGGCUUAAAAUUUGAUUCAAAGUACAUGAAUUUCAGAGUACGAGCUUGUAACAAGGCUGUAGCUGGAGACUAUUCUGACCCAGUGACCCUAGAGACCAAAGCACUUAACUUCAGUUUGGAUAACUCAUCAUCCCAUUUGAACCUGAAAGUUGAAGAUACAUGUGUAGAGUGGGAUCCUACAGGAGGCAAAGGUCAAGAAAGUAAAAUUAAAGGAAAGGAAAACAAGGGCAGAAGUGGUACACCAUCUCCCAAACGAGCAUCCAUAGGCUCCAGGCCACCAUCAGUAAGAGGCAGCAGAGAUCGUUUUACUGGGGAAUCAUAUACAGUUUUAGGGGACACUGCUAUUGAAAGUGGACAGCAUUAUUGGGAAGUCAAGGCGCAGAAAGAUUGCAAAUCCUACAGUGUGGGAGUAGCAUACAAAACUUUGGGAAAAUUUGAUCAGCUGGGAAAGACAAACACUAGUUGGUGUAUCCAUGUCAACAACUGGCUACAAAACACAUUUGCAGCAAAACAUAAUAAUAAAGUCAAAGCUUUGGAUGUUUCUGUUCCUGAGAAAAUAGGUGUGUUUUGUGAUUUUGAUGGGGGUCAGCUUUCUUUUUAUGAUGCAAAUUCAAAACAGUUGCUGUAUUCCUUUAAGACAAAAUUUACUCAGCCAGUACUACCUGGUUUCAUGGUUUGGUGUGGUGGACUUUCUUUGAGUACUGGGAUGCAGGUUCCAAGUGCUGUGAGAACACUUCAGAAAAGUGAAAAUGGAAUGACUGGCUCAGCUAGCAGCCUGAACAAUGCUACUACACAGUAAUGCCUACUCAGACUAUGUUUACCCUCCCUUUUGAUUGGGUGGCCUUUCCUGUGCAGUAACUAACCACAGGAAGUUGUGAGUGAUGGAAUUCAGGUUUACUAUGCCCUGCUUUAAGGCCUGGAAUCUUUUAGCUUAAGCAUCUACAACAAAGCAUUCACAGUGUUCUGCUAUGAUAUAUAGAGGCGCAAGCAGUUAGCCCCCCCCCCCAAAGACCAAUGUCUUGAAUAGUAAAUGGGAAAAAGGCAGUGUUUUAAGUAUUUAUUAGGAAAUUCAUUUUUAUGGUUCUUAGAUUACUUAGGUUCUUCUGUAGAGUUUUAUGAUAUAUUGUGACCCUAGGAGCUGGGCUGCAAUGCUUUUAAAGCUUGCCCUUUUUCCUUUCCUGUUCUUGUUUCUAUCAUAUCCUGUUACUUAGUUCUUACACUGAAGCUUUAAAAAUACACAGUCCCCCAACAAUUCAUAAAAAUGGAAAUCAUUCAUUGGGGAUGACAAAAAUGUUUUCUUAUGGUUUAUUUUCCACUUUUUUAUAAAUAAGUUGUUUGCUAAAUUAACUUAUUUAUU